UGAGACAGCUGUGUGAGCCGGCAGUGGGCUGGGAUCUUCGAGCAGAGCGGGAGCGGACAGCCAGAAUGAUCCAGCCCGCUACCAGCAGCAGCACAGCGUCCCAUGGCAGCCGCGCUCCGGUCUGUUCGUAGUCUUAACACCAGACAAAGGACUACUAGACAAUCUUCUGUCCAUUAUCUCAAGAAUCUGUUUUCUUCUUCGCGUCUGCUGUUCAAUUGUGUUAAAUGCCCUGGAUUGUGACACCGAUGAGUUCAACCAGUUUUCUGGAUUUAUUUCCACAUAAGACUAUGGCUGUGGAUAUAGCGAUGAAAUUUUAUUUGCAAUCCCCACCUCUCAGAAGAGAACGUGUCGAAUGCAGAAUUUCUCAAAAAAGCAACAAGCCUUUGAGGCCAUGCAUCCAGACGAACAGCAAAAUGAUCAUUAAUGAGCGAAACCACAAAGAAAGUAAAGUGAAAAAACGUGUCACGUUUGCAGAUAGCCGAGGCCUUGCCCUUACUAUGGUGAAGGUAUAUUCAGAGCUUGAUGACCAAUUUGAAAUUCCAUUUAACAUCACAGAACUGAUAGAUAAUAUUGUCAACUUGACAACCGUGGAGAAAGAACGUCUUGUGCUGGACUUCGUACAACCUUCUGCUGACUACUUGGACUUCAGGAACCGUUUAAAUGCUGACUUUGUUUGUCUAGAGAACUGUAUGCUUAAAGAAAAGGCUCUGGUAGGCACCGUGAAGGUCAAAAAUCUUGCUUUCCAGAAAAGCGUGAAAAUAAGGAUGACCUUUAAUUCUUGGCAAACCUUUACUGACUAUGAGUGCGAGUAUGUCAAGGACACAUAUGCUGGUUCCGAUAGAGACACUUUCUCCUUUGAUAUAAGUCUACCAGAGAACGUUCAGUUGCAUGAGCGGAUAGAGUUUGCAAUUUGCUUUGAGUGUGAAGGGAAAACCUACUGGGACAGCAACAAAGGACAAAAUUACAGAAUCAUUUGCCCUAACCUCAAAAGGCUGCCUGACUUUCAGAGCAACCAUUCUGAACCGGAUUAUAACCUUUCUUUCGAUCAGUUUGGAAGCCCAAGGUGUUCUUAUGGAAUAUUUCCAGAAUGGCCCAGCUACUCUGGGUUUGAUAAGCUAGGACCUUACUAUUAACUUGGUAUCCAAAGAAAUCAAGGUGAACGAACUGAAAUGGCUUCUAAUCCCAAAAUGAUAGAAUGGGGAUGUGAAUGUGUCCCUAUUGGGACUAGCUGUAAGCCACAAACAUGGAGAACCUACAAUAGGUCAUGAUGCAUACUUGCAUUAGAUUUUUCCUGUUAAGGGAUAUAUUGUCCUAUAACUCAAUAUUGAAAGUAGCACCUUUUUUGGUAUCCAAUGUAUACAGAAUGAAUCUGUGAACAUUUUUCUCAUCAGUGCUGUGGUCUUUCCUUUCCAAAGCUGCUAUACCUUCAAACUCCAAAGACCCUGCCCUACACUUUUUUUUUUUUUUUUUUUUGUCUUUAACUACUUUAGUCGGGAUGUGUUACCUUUCAUUCUCAAUGUAUACAUGAAUGUCUGUGUAAAUCCUUAAUCCGCCAUCUGUUCUCAGGAAAAGUGUUCCUAUUCUCCUGCUAAAAUGAAUGGGGAUGAGGAAUUCGGUCUUGUUGAUGGGACUAAAUGUUUAUAUAACCUUUUUUUUUUUUUCUGCACUGCUUCACAUUAAGGUCACUUUGACAUGAAGCCAUGUCAGGUAUUCAGACAUUAAACCAUUCUAUCUAGAUAUGCUACAUGUACACUCACUUGAUGCACAUUUUUAACUCUGUAAUCUGAUUUUUGAAUUUUGUGGAUUUUUAUCUUUAAAUGGGUCCAGAUUUACGUGCCCUGGCUUCUCCGAACAGACGUAAAUGUGCAAUAUUCCUCUGGUGUCUAGGCUGGAGUAUGCUGUACAAAUGAGUGCCUUUUAUUUUUAAUUAAAUAAAAUUCUUACUAUGAUCA